GCUGUGGGUCGGCUGCACCUGCUAGAAACCGUUAGACAGCUGUGCCACGACGGUCGCCCGGUCCCUUGGGAUCCAGAGAAGGGUCCGGGGAAGGACUGGCUAGCUGGCUUCCUCAAGAGGCACCCACAGGUGUCGGAGCGCACGACUCGCAUCUACGAGUCAAACAGAAUCACCGAGGACAAGGAGCCUUGCAUGGUCGAGUUCUACAAGAAGCACUGGGCAGCUCUCCUCGUGACGAGCACAAGCCGGAGGCCGACCACGUGCACAACAAGGGCGAGACAGGUGAGGAUGUACAAGCAGGAAGCGCGCCAAGAAAAUGGCGACCUCGCGGGCUCUUUGGGCCUUCCCGACGAAGGCAUUAUCAACUCGGAAGAAUUCCUGGCAAAGGUUGACGCAAAGGAACGCGCAGACAAGGCAGAGGCCGAGGCGAAAGCGGAGAGGAGCAGGGAGCGCGCAAGGAAGAAGGAAGAGGCGGCCGCGGCGGCGGCGGCGCGGGCACGGCAGGCGAAACACGAGGGGUUGAGGACGGGGAGGGUGCCGGGGGCGCAACGGGGGCGAGAAGGGCGGGGGGAGGGGGGCAGGGACUGA